GCCGUACCAAAAGUUCACGAUCCCAAAGCGGACUGCGGUUGGUGUGUACAAACUUCUUUAGGACCAGCCCCGACGCCAAUUCGCCCGUGGAUCCUCAAUACCUGAAACAGCAAAUCUAGAACCUCAACAUGCCGACUAUCACCGUCGACAAGUAUGCUCUCUUCGAAGAGCUCGGCGAGCAGUUCACCGAGGAGGGCUUCGAACAACUAUGCUUUGACUUUGGUAUAGAGCUGGACAAGGAUACCGAGAAUGACCCCUCGCGCCCCAAAGAUCAGCCCCCCGAGCUCGCAAUCGAGGUCCCCGCUAACCGGUACGACAUGCUGUGCUUCGAGGGCAUCGCGAUACACCUAAACAUCUUCAGGGGCAAACAACCGACGCCAAACUGGAGACUUGUCGAUAUCCCCGAGGACAAGAUGCAGACCCUCACCAUCUCGGAGAGCACGGCCCAGGUUCGCCCGUACGCUGCGGCUGCGAUCCUCCGCAACAUCACGUUCACGCAGGCCUCGUACGACUCUUUCAUUAGUCUUCAGGACAAGCUUCACCAGAAUUUGGCGAGGCAGCGUACCCUGGUCGCGAUUGGGACACACGAUCUCGACACCAUCAAGGGACCGUUCACAUACGAGGCCCUGCCCCCGAAGGACAUCAAUUUUGUCCCGCUCAAUCAAACCAAGAAGAUCAACGGCGAAGAGUUGAUGAGCUUCUACGAGACCGACAGGCAUCUUGGCAGAUACCUCCACAUCAUCCGCGACAAGCCCGUGUACCCAGUAAUUCUUGAUGCGGACAGGAACGUCUGCUCGCUUCCACCCAUUAUCAACAGCGAGCGCUCCAAGAUCACGCUGAACACCAAGAAUGUCUUCAUCGACAUGACGGCGACGGACCAGACCAAACUCGACAUUGUCUGCAACAUCAUGGUGACCAUGUUCUCCAAGUACUGCGCCGAGCCCUUCACGAUCGAGCCGGUCAAGGUCAUUUCAGACCAUAACGGCACUACCCGCAUCACGCCUAGCUUAACUACACGGACGAUGGAUGUUGAGGCUGAUUAUCUCAAUCAGCUUUGCGGACUCGAAGAGUCACCAGAGUCGAUCUGCAAGCUCCUCAGCAAGAUGGCGUACACGGCGAAGCCAUCUCCAGACCCCAAGCUGAUCAGCGUUGCGGUCCCACCGACAAGGGCGGAUGUCCUGCACCCAUGCGAUGUGAUGGAGGAUCUCGCAAUUGCGUACGGUUUCAAUGAUCUUCCGCGGACGUCGCCAAACAGGUCGGUCACCAUUGGCAAGCCGUUGAAGAUCAACAAGCUCAGUGAUAUCGUGCGUCACGAGUCCGCAAUGGCUGGUUGGGCCGAGGUUAUGCCCCUAGUUCUCUGCUCGCACGAGGAGAACUUCGAGUGGUUGAACCGCAAAGAUGACGGGAAAACGGCAGUCAAACUUGCCAACCCGAAGACGGCGGAGUAUCAAAUCGCCCGCACGUCUCUGCUCCCUGGCCUGCUCAAAACCCUGGGAGAGAACAAGGCGAUGCGCCUUCCGCUACAGAUCUUCGAGGUGUCCGAUGUCGUCUUCAAGGACGAGACUUCGGAACGACGGGCGAGGAACGAGCGCCACUGGGCGGCGGCCUACUAUGGCAAGACCAGCGGCUUCGAGAUCGUCCACGGCCUCCUAGACAGGGUCAUGACAAUGUUGCGGGUCGCAUUUGUUACCCAUGAGGAGGGCCUCGAGGGCAAGACCAUUGACUUCAAGGUGAAAGAGAACCCGAGCGAGCGGGACGGAUAUUUCAUUAAGGAGAUCGAUGAGCCCACCUUCUUCAAUGGGCGUGCUGCCGCCAUAUACGUGCGGCUUGGGGGCAAGCUGCAACGUAUCGGCGAACUCGGUGUCUUGCAUCCUACCGUACUGGAGAAGUUCGAUCUGAAAUACCCGGUGAGCACACUAGAGCUCAACCUUGAGGUUUUCCUUUGAUAUAGCGCGGCAGCCUUGAAGAACUUAGAUGCGGUCCCAGUAGCGAGUCGCCCAAAAAAAAUAGAGCAAGAUUCAUUUAUCCAUGAACUUCCACCGGCGACGAAAGGAAUUGUUUGAUUUCACCGUCGUCGUCUG